AUGGUUAGUCUAGUUUCUCGCACGGGAAGGCAUAUGCAGCGAUACAAUUUUCAUGGCCAUCGCCAAGUAGUGGGAUGUAUUCCUUACAGAUAUAAAGAUACACAUGGGACAUCUAUAGUGGAUGAGGAGUCAAUUGAAGUUUUAGUUAUUACUUCACAGAGAAAAGGGAAAGGGAUGUUGUUUCCAAAGGGAGGUUGGGAGGAAGAUGAAUCCAUUAAAGAUGCAGCAUUGCGCGAAACGGUGGAGGAAGCUGGGGUAGUAGGUGAAGUCGAGUGUGAAUUGGGUAAAUGGACUAUCAAGGGCAAAAAUGAAGACACAUGUUGUGAGGGAUACAUGUUCCCUUUACUUGUCAAAGAGCAACUAGAUUCUUGGCCAGAGAAAGACGUCCGGCAAAGAAUAUGGGUUAGUGUUAGAGAAGCUAGGAAAGUUUGCCAGUAUUGGUGGAUGAAGGAAGCCUUGGAAUUAUUUGUGAAUCACCUCACAUCACAAGAAUGCCGUCGGGUGCUGGAAAAGCAAGGUGACAGCCACUUCAACUCGAAGAAAAUGAGAACCGGAAUUAGUUUUCAUGACAAACAUAUAAACAGAGCAGCCAUUGAUGAACAGAAACAUGUAGUUUAUGAGACAAGUAACACUUCAAAGUACAUUGCAUCAAGGAAUUUACCUCCGUCUGCUCCUUCCAUGCUUGCAAAUUUAACUUCAGAGUACACUUCAGAGGCUACUUUCGGGUAG